AUGGGUGAUGAACGUGUGAAUUCACCUAGUCAAUCCGAAUCUGGCUUCGUUAUAUUCACUGUAGAUCCUUCACAUCCUCUCUAUAUUCAUCCCUUAGACAGUCCUGGGACUUACUUAGUAUCUCCUCCUUUUGAUGGCACUGGAUUUGUUGCAUGGCGCAAAAGCAUGUUAGUUUCCCUAUCUGCCAAAAAUAAAUUGGCACUAAUUGAUGGUCGUCAGCCCAAACCUCCUGAUAACUCACCUUAUUAUUCCUACUGGGAAAGGUGUAAUGAUAUGGUGGUCGCUUGGAUCACCAAUUCGCUUUCUAGAGACAUUGCAACCAGUGUCCUAGGGUAUGAUACUGCGAAAGAGAUUUGGUUGGACUUAAAUGAAAUAUUUGGUCAGUCUAACGGCUCCAAGUUUAUUCAGAUACAAAGGGAAAUUGGAACCAUUUCCCAGGGAACAUCAGACAUAGCCUCUUAUUUCACAAAGUUUCGUAGUCUUUGGGAUGAACUUCAGACUGCUUAUGUAGGUCCUACAUGUUCAUGUGGUGCUUUACCCAAAUUCCUUGAUGAAAUGAAACUAUUCUGGUUCCUAGCUGGAUUAAAUGAGUCAUAUAGUACUGUCAAAAGCAACAUUCUCAUGAUAUCACCACUCCCAUCAGUUAGUAAGGCCUAUUCCAUGUUACAACAUGAUGAGAGACAAAGGAAAACAUCUCCAGCCCCAAGUUUUUCUAGUGAUUCUGUGUCUUUUUCUGCAUCCUCCACUUCCUCAACUCAUUCACAAAAUCAUGGUGGACAAAAACCUUUCAAUCAGAAGAUUCAUUUUGAGUCAAAGAAGUCUGUACAACCCAUGACGUGCAGAUAUUGUAAAAAACCAGGUCAUACCAUUGAGAAAUGUUACAAACUCCAUGGUUUUCCUUCUGACUUCAAGUUCACCAAAAAUAAGAGAUCAGCUUCCUGUGUUCAAGCUGAGGGUACUAAUUCUGCUCCAUCAAUCUCAUUUAUGGAACAACCUUCACCUGUCAAUCAUGGAUUUACUACAGAACAAUAUCAGCAUCUUCUCACUCUCCUGAAGCAGUCACAUAUUUCUUCAGGUAUCUCAAGUGAUUCUCAUUCUGGAGACAAUCAUGCAUAUGCCCAUUUUGCAGGUUUGUUUUGCAGUUCUGUAGUUAGGUCUGUGGAUUUUCAUGCUUGUGCAUCCUCACAAUUAACUGUUGACACUUGGAUUUUAGACUCAGGGGCUACUAAUCACAUGACACCUUACAAAUAUCUUCUCCACAAUCUUCAACCAUUAACUAGACCCUACUUAAUCACUUUACCAAAUGGAUACAAAGUAAAAGUUGUAUCUACUGGAUCUUUACAACUUAGAUCUGAUAUUGUGUUACACAAUGGCCCUUCUCUGAAGAGGCCACUGAGAAUUGGUAAGGCUGACAAUGGAUUGUAUUUUCUUAAUCUUGAUGAUAGCCCUUUAGUUUCAUCAUUUCCAAUUGAUGUUUCAUGUACUGUUUCAUCUUCUGUUCCUAACGUUUCUCCUGUUUUUAAUUCUGCUAGUCCCAUUCCUAUUAGUCCCUCAUCCACAUAUCUCAUCAAUAGAUUCCCUUCUACUGUCUUUAACAACAUAUCCCCUUUUGAGAAACUACAUGGCCAUUCACCUUCCUAUGAUAAUCUUAGAUCAUUUGGAUGCCUUUGUUUUGCCACAUCUCCUAAACAUAGUAGAGACAAGUUUCAAUCUAGAGCAAUCCCUUCCAUUUUCCUUGGAUAUCCUUGUGGGAAGAAAGGAUACAAGUUACUUAAUAUGUCCUCUCAAUCUAUUUUCUAUUCUAGAGAUGUUGUUUUUCAUGAGCAUGUUUUUCCCUUCUCCACUAAUUCUUCUAGCUCUUCCCUCCCUUCACCCUCCAGUUUUGUUGAUGUUACUCCAGCUGUGCCUUCUCCUUCCACUUUUCCUCCUAAUUCUACAUCCUCUCCUAUUUCCAUUCCUCCUGAUAAUCCCUCUCUUUCUCCUCCUACUGCUGUUCCAGAAUCUUUAUCAUUUCCUAUUUCCAUCCCAUCUCCUUCCAAUCCUUCUACAUCUGAUCCUCCUCUUAGAAGAUCCCUUAGAGUACCACAUCCACCUCCUCAUCUAGCAGACUAUGUCUGCUCUGCCCCUGUAUCUACUGUUCCUCCUAUGUCUUCUAGAGAAUUGCACUUGCAUGAGCCUCAGUACUAUCAACAGGCUGUUUCUAAUCCUGCUUGGCAGGAUGCCAUGUUAAAAGAAUUUCAAGCACUAGAAGCUAACAACACCUGGGAUAUUAAAUAUGAUGGUUCUGUUGAGAGGUACAAGGCACGGUUAGUCAUUAGGGGUGAUACUCAGAGGGAGGGAAUUGAUUACAAUGAAACAUUCUCCCCGGUUGUCAAAUUUACUACUAUCAAGUUUCUUCUUUCUCUUGCUAUAAAGAGGAACUGGACUGUCUAUCAACUUGAUGUAAAUAAUGCCUUUCUCCAUGGUGACCUCCAUGAGGACGUUUACAUGAAGAUCCCACCUGGGCUGCAGGUUUCUUCUACUUGUUCUUCUUCUCUCCCUUUGUCUACUUCUACUUCUCUUACUGUACUAGCUGUUUAUGUUGAUGAUAUUCUACUAGCUGGGGAUGAUGUUGCUGAAUUGGAUAGUGUUAAGCUAUUUCUUGACCAACAAUUCAAAAUAAAGGAUUUGGGGUCAAUCCAUUAUUUUCUUGGUUUGGAGGUCACUCAAUGUCCUGAAGGUUACAUCAUUAGCCAACAGAAGUUCACACAGGACUUGUUGGCAGAAUUCUAA